AUGACCGACCAUCCAGACAGAGUUAUACAUGGGAGGAUUGCACAUUAUUCAUCCGUGCGGCAUGAACGGAUGCGUGUAGUAUCACAGGUGACAAAUGGAGCUGUUGUUUCCGCUAAUGUACCUGCUACACCAGAUGUACCUGCUACACUCAUUCUAGUUGGGACGUCUCCAUCCGUUCCAGUUUACGGGCCUUCUCUGUCCGUUAUAGUUGAGAGACCUACUUCAUCUACUACUGCAUCACGAAGGCCUCGGGAUGAUGCAGAGGGAUCUUCAGUGCUAUCUACUGAGCUACGCGAGGAUGAUCCGGUGCCAGAUCAUGUCUGGUACCGGGAGGGUCCUAUAGAUGUGUCCCUAGUGACAGGUAAGGGUGUUCGCGGUGCGCCUAACGAGUCGUGGUUCUGGGGUGCACUCAUAGCUUCUGGUCUGAGGGACCUCUGCACGGUUGACUUCAAGAAGAUUCAUAACGGAAUGCAGAUGAAAUAUGCAGAGAGGUGGCAUCCAAAGACCUCGUCCUUUCAUCUUCCUCACGGAGAGAUCAACAUUACUCUAGACGACAUUGCAUGCUUCCUGCAUCUAUCUAUCAGGGGUACCCUCCUUAGUCACGGUAGGCUGACGAAGGAAGAAGCGAAGGUGAUGCUGAUAGAGGAGUUAGGGGUUGAUCUUGAUGAUGCGCUUGAGGAGGUAGAGAUAACCCGCGGAGCGGACGUAAGGUUUCACACUUUACAACGGAUAUAUGAUGUGGAGAUUCUUGCGGCACUAGAGGCUGUUAGUGACGAGGCAGAGGCGAACAUACACAAAGAGUGGGUGCUGAGAUGUUACUUGCUAUAUUUGAUAGGCACUCAGCUCUUUGUGGACAUGAGCUCGACCUACAAAGAUGUCGUUUAUCUAACGUAUUUAUCGGACAUCGCACGUGUCCGUGAGCACAACUGGGGAGCAGAUACACUGGCCUACACCUACCACCGACUAGGAGAGGGAUAUCCGUGGAAGGCGAGGACAGUGGCUGGCAACUAUACCCUCUUAGUGGGAGAGGUGUCGGGUUACACUGAGGACAUUCCGUGUGCCAGAGCCUUCGCCCCCCUUAGAGGGAACCAGGUGCCGGAUCCUUACAGGCGCUGUCUUGACCGCAUGGCUACCGAAGACAUCCACUUCGACUACUAUGGUGAUCACCAUGAGACGGUUCCGUUUGAUGAGAUCGCACUAUAUUCUAGAUGGUUGGCUUCCAGUUCGACCAUCAUUCUGGAUGAGGUCUUUGCAGACUGGGAGCACCACAUGGUUCUUGCCGAGGCUCGGGAGACCACAUCAGAGAAGGACUUGAGCUGCGUCGAGGGGUACAUCACCUGGUACUACAGAAUUUCACACACAUACAUGCUUCCCACCGCACCUGGAUCACCGUCCAGACCAGCCCACAAGGAGAUUUUGCAGACUUAA